UGGGAGAAUGUGCCUCAAGAAAUGGCCAAGUACACGCCUGACGUGACCCCUUUAAUUCUAGCUGCUCAUAAAGACAAUUACGAGAUAUUGAAGCUGCUACUCAACCGUGGCGCCACCUUACCGAUGCCACAUGAUGUACGCUGCGGAUGCGAUGACUGCGUAGUGGCGACCUCUAGCGACUGUUUGCGUCACUCUCGUUCUAGAAUUAACGCUUAUCGUGCUCUCACGUCUCCAUCGCUGAUUGCCUUGUCUAGUAAAGAUCCGAUUCUUACAGCUUUUGAACUGAGCUGGGAACUGCGACGUCUCAGUUCCAUUGAAAAUGAGUUUAAGGCCGACUACACAGAACUACGUCAAAGAUGCCAAGAGUUCGCUACUUCGCUUCUCGAUCACGCAAGAACUUCUUCAGAACUGGAAAUCAUAUUAAAUUAUGACCCGUCUGGUCCGGCUUAUCAGACAGGAGAAAGAAUGAAAUUAGAACGUCUCAAGCUCGCUGUAAAUUACAAACAGAAAACGUUUGUUGCUCAUUCCAAAGUGCAACAGCUGCUUGCCUCUGUGUGGUAUGAAGGGAUGCCAGGAUUUAGGAGGAAAGGCCCGAUUGGUCAGAUACUGGAGAUCGGAAAGCUUGGUGCUAUGUUUCCAAUCUACUCAAUGAUAUACAUCUUAGCACCACACAGCAAAAUGGGUCUGAAGAUGAAGAAGCCCUUCGCGAAAUUCGUCUGUCAGUCAGCAUCUUACUGUUUCUUCUUGUGUGAGAAAAUAUUCUAUGGUCAUCAUCUAGAUCAGUAGUUCUAUGGUCAUCAUCUUUGUCAGUAGUUCUAUGGUCAUCAUCUUUAUCAGUAGUUGUAUGGUCAUCAUCUUUAUCAGUAGUUCUAUGGUCAUCAUCUUUAUCAGUAGUUGUAUGGUCAUCAUCUUUAUCAGUUGUUGUAUGGUCAUCAUCUUUAUCAGUAGUUGUAUGGUCAUCAUCUUUAUCGGUAGUUCUAUGGUCAUCAUCUAGAUCAGUAGUUCUAUGAUCAUCUAGAUCAGUAGUUCUAUGAUCAUCAUCUUUAUCAGUAGUUCUAUGAUCAUCUAGAUC